UACUUUUGGUUAUUGAACAAGAUUAUCUGUUUAUUAAGUAGUCUCUUAAAAUUACUCAGAAAAUUAAUUUGUUUACAUCGUGACAUGAUGAGUUCCGAUAAAGAUUUUGUAAAAAUUAAAAAGGAAAAGGCAGACUUUGGCUAUGAAAAUGCUCUAAACAAAGCCGAAAGUUUGCCAAUUCCUAUUAAAAUCAAAGAGGAACCAGUAAAAAAGGCUGAUAUUCAAGAAAUCCCAAGCUUAAGAUCUGAGGACAAUGAAAGUUGUGUUAUUCAUCCCAAACCGAUCGUAAAAAAGCAAAAACGUGAUGUAAAACAAGUUACAAGUUACGAAGGGGAGUUAAAAGAAAUUCAGGUUAAAAUAGAAGAUGAUGAUAAAUUAAAAAUUGAUAAACGAUGUGUAACCCCCCCCAUGCCUGUUGUUGUUAAAGUUCAACCAUUAGAACAAGUAGAUCACGAUGUAUUAAGUUUUUUAGAUGAAAUUAGUGAUGAUAUUGAUGACAUUAUUCCAAUAGAGCCAAAUCCAGUAAUAAUUAGUAUUGAUGAAGAGGAAGAUACUUCUGUUCAAACAGAUGGCAAAAGCAAGAAGAGAAAAUCAUCGCCUAAUCAUAUAGUUGACAAAAUAAAAAAAUCGUGCAUAGAUGUUAACGGAACAAAAGAAGUUUUAGGAGAUUGUAUGCAGUUUCCCAGAAAAGUGUUUAACUAUAAUCAUUCAUCCUCGCCUGGAAUCUUAGAAAAUAAUGAUAAAGAAUCCCAAAAGCCUUCAGCUCGCAUAAAAAUUAAACAAGAAAUCGAAGUAAACAAACCGAACUUCGUCGCAGGGAUAUUUUCAAAAAAUGAUAAUUCUCCACUUGACAAAAUAAAAGCGGAACGGCCAGUUUCAAAUGAAGUAAAAAUGGAUCAAGUUCUCAAAAAUUGCAAUAAAGCUUUGAAGCGAUUACGGAUAUUUAAAACAGACCCAUUUUUUAGUAGAUUUCUCUAUACUCCAACAAAAUUGGUUAUCCCGUUGACAGAUAUUGAAAAAGAAUAUAAAUCACCAUUAUUAAGAAGCGAUCAUGUUAGAUACAAAUUUAGUUCUACUAAUUGCAAAAUUAACUACAGAGAUUUUAAUUUGAUUAGUUUAUCAGAAAAUACCACGCGAAUCUCAAAUCUUUUAGGUUUAGAUAUUGCGGUAUUGAAUGAGUGGAUUGAUAACUUUGGAAAAAAUCGAUGUAAAAAAAUUCAAAGCCAAACUAUAGAUAAGCAAUCUGGUGAUCAUUCCACUUUUUAUGUUAGUAAUUCUACACAAACAAUGGAUUUGGGUUGCGGGGAGUGUUUGAAGCGAUCUCUACAUUCAAAGCGUAAUGUUGCAGUUUUAGCAAAAUGUAAAACGCGGGAUACUUGGACCCAAACAUCACAACAAUCAGAGCUACCAGUUUUGAAAAUGAUACCUUAUUUAAAUGCAAAUGAAUUAUUAGCUGUGAACGAUUUUGCCAUGUUACUUCGAGAGAAUAAUUGGCAUACAGCGGAUAGUUCUUUGAGAUUAAACAUAAGAGAUAAACUGUUGCAUUACUUUCAAGAAGGUCAAAAACAAUGUAAUGUGCCUGGAACACUUUCUUUUCAACCACAAGGUGUUGAUAACACGGCAUUAUUGUCAAAAUUCAUUACGACGAAUGACUUAAUUCGUGCUCCUCCACCUCCUAUAAUUAAUCCGCCAUAUCCAUCACAAAAUUCUGCGUUAUAUCCAGUUACACCGACAAACUCUGGAUUUUUACCACAGCCUUACACUUAUGCUGAGCGUACAAAUGAUCCAAGAUUAAACAGAAACAUAAAUGCUUCAAGAUACUAGCAAUAACUUCUAUUUUUUUUUUAAGGCGAAGCGAAAUAAAUAUCUUCCAACUAUAUUUUUUUUUGCAGGAGUUUUCAAAAGGGUUUUUUUUUGUUUGCUUCUACUGUUUGAAAAGACUAACAAUAUUAUUUAAAAAAGCUACAAUAAUUUAUAAAGAUAAGAAGAAUAAGAAAAUAAACUGACCUAAAGUA